AGGAAGUGACGUGAGGCGUGUAGUAUUUCUGCUUUGGGGAGCCAGUGGAGCUGGAAAAGCUUUAAUGGGGCAGUUCUGCAGCAGUUUUUCAGUAGGGACAUGACCGAUUGUAAGAAAAGACAGUCAGCGAGAGCAGGAAAGCAUAGGUACGUCAGUGUUAACUGUCUAAAUUACUGUUAAGGCAUACAAAUGUCAGCGGUGUGUGUGAUCUCGAACUGGCCGUGUGUCAACACGUGUAACUUUUUGUCACAUCCAAAUAUAACGUUAGCCGAAAGACAAGACAUCUUUGACGACAGCAUGGUAGCAGAAUCACGUGUGUAAUCUUUUGGGUUCAAGUCAAUCCAGUCAGGAGUUGCACAAAGAUGGAAGACCGUUUGAUAGAAAACCAGACAGUCUUUUACUCGAAGGCAGAACACUAUUGGAAGGAAGUCUCGCCCACUGUAGAUGGAAUGCUGGGAGGUUAUGGCAGCAUUUCCAGCAUCGACAUUAACGGCUCCAAAAAGUUUCUUCAAAAAUUCCUCGGGGAAGGCCCGGGUAAGACUGGGACAGGCUGUGCUCUGGACUGUGGUGCUGGAAUUGGCCGUAUCACCAAGCGGCUGCUCCUGCCCCUCUUCCGUACAGUGGAUCUAGUGGACGUGACUCAGGAGUUUCUGGAUAAAGCUCGUACCUACCUGGGUGAGGAAGCCAAGCGAGUGGAGAACUACUUCUGCUGUGGCCUACAAGACUUUCAGCCCCAGCCAGAACGCUACGAUGUCAUAUGGAUCCAGUGGGUGAUCGGUCACCUGACUGAUGACCACCUGGUGGAAUUCCUGAGGCGUUGCCGGAGCGGUCUGCGUCCAGAUGGCCUGAUCGUGGUGAAGGAUAAUGUUGCGUAUGAAGGUGUAAUACUUGAUGAUGUAGACAGCAGCGUGUGUCGGGACCUGAAUGUACUACAUCGCCUAGUAGCCCGGGCCGGACUCAACAUCAUCUGUGAGGAGCAGCAGAAGAACUUCCCUGAGGAAAUCUAUCAGGUCCACACAAUAGCGCUCAGAUAGCUAAGAGCACUGAACGAGGGUGUUUUUAUGUGUUUGAUCCGAAGCCAAUAAUGUGAAGGCAAGUCAAGAUCAAUGUUAGCUAUGCAAGAAGCUAAGUGUUACUGCCAGUGUGAUCACUGUAUUUAAAAAGAGGCACAAGACUUGGUGGCAUUGGGAUUUUAAGCGGGGAGUUUUCCUUGAUGUCUAGAGUUUGUAAUAUGACAGAUAGAGCUCUUUGCGAUUAUGAAUCUGAAUGUAUAAGUGGCAAAUGGUAGUUUUUUUAAGAUAUUCAAACAGUGUAACACUCCAGUUUAUUCUCAGUUUGAAGUCUUCUGUCUGACUGGUUUCAUCACAGUGGAAAUAAAUAUGAUAGAAACAAUCAUGAAAACCUGUAGACUACACACACUGCUUCAUUUUUAGCAGUGGGUGUGCUGAAGACUCAAAGGGAUAGUUAAAAACUUUUAAUUGUCACCCUCAUUUGGUUCCAAACCUGUAUGACUGACUUUCUUCUGGUGAACAUAUUAAUGGAAAUGUCUGUGUUUUUUGUCAGUGGUAACCAAAUCUGUUUGGAGCCACCACUCUUCAAAAUGUUGUCUAUUGUGUUCCACAGAAGAAAGUCAUAGGUUUGGAGUGACAUGAUGGUGAGUAAUUGAUGACAGAAUUGUCAUUGUAUGGGGAAAUUUCCUUUUAAAGACAGUUUAACCAGAGUUGAAUUUGAGUCUAUGGCACUGAACGGUGUGUGUAAAAACCUUUUAAUAACAUUUAUGAUGAUUUGAAUCUAUACCAGUUAAUGUUUCAUGUUUGAAUUUACAACUGUUGACAGAAAACCCUUUAUCUGAACCAUAUGCUGUAUUUUGUCUUGAAUAAACUAAUAUUUUGGAGCAGUC